GGCACGAAGUGAGCCAUCUAUUCUCCCCAGUCCCCACACAUUUCGGGUCUACGAACGAACCAACAGGGAGAUUGUAACGCGUGGGUGGGGCACAGGAUGAGCAUGGGUCGUGCCGCUGCUAAUCUUCUCGAUGCCUACUGAAUUUCUCCGUCACUAUUUGGUGGGGAAGGCCACCCCUAUAAUUUGCCGCUUUUCAUGAUUUGCAGAAGGACAUCCAAAUCAUCUGUAUCGUUUGCUGCGGGUACACUUGACUGAGCUUAAGUGCUUAGCUCCAUUCCAGCAUCCUGUUUGGUCGUUGGAAAUCAUAUCAGGGCCGAACUCUAUCUCACCUUGUAUUCUAGGCCAUAGUUAGGUUAAGCAGAACGACGGAGGUGUAUGUUUCUUCGAUUCAUCAAUAAAGGCGAUUGUCAUUCUGAAAAUACCACACAAUUGGCGUAUUUCUAGACAAUCUUAGCUUUUAUACAGAGAUAUGUUGCUGUUUCAAUAAAAGUCAAUACAUACAGAUCAAAUUUCCAUGGCUAUAAGUGUCCUUUAGCUGCCAAAAAAGUAUGGCUAACCAUUGACAUUUUAGGAUUUUGUUUAGCAUCAGAUCUUAUACAUUCUGAAGACAUUCACAGGUUCCUGCAUUUUACUAUAAAUCCUCAAUUGUUUCUCUUAUUCCAUCAACAACGAUAACAAAGCCUUUUAGUGCCAAGUAAGUUGAGGUAGGCUAGAGUUAAAAUCCAACUGAAACCACUAGUCAAGGCUAAGGCACAUAGAUAACUAUUUUUCAUACACUUAUGUUCAAGGCUAAAUAUUUGGGUAUAUUUCAUCAUUUUAAGUCUUUUUUAUUGUCUCUUUCCAUAUCCACAUCAACCUUUUUCUGCCUCUCUUUCUAUUGCUAUCGUGCCUUAGGAUCCACUACGCACUGGUGUCUCUAGAGGUCUUCGUUGGAUAUGUCCAAACCAUUUCAACCGGUGUUGGAUAAGCUUUUCUUCAAUUGAUGAUACACCUAGUCUAUCACAUAAUGGCAUCCAGCAUGAAUGGCUUGUCCGUUGGAGAUUCAGUUCCUGACAAUAUCAUGGGGUCCCCAAUGAGAGUGGAGAAUGCUUCUUGCAUUAGGGAUGAGAUGAGUAUGCAGUACUCACCUAUGUCAGAAGAGUCAGAUGAUUAUAGGUACUAUGACACUCAAGUAAACACCAAUGGGAAUCAAACAGAUGUACUGGGUAAUCCCUCAACUAGUCUAAUCUCAUCUGCACACCGUUUUCAGAGGCCACACACUUGGUUCUCUUCUGCAAGUCCAUACCCUCUCCCAAGCUGCUCCCUCCCAGCAGUGAUCUGCUCCCCUGCUCGCCGUGGUUGUGGCACUGAACAGGAAGGCUGGAUCCCAUCCUCACCUAAUGACAUGUGCUAUGGUGGAGAUCUGAGACGAACCGCACUUCUGAGGUCAGUUCAAAUGAAGGUGCAGAGCCCCCAUCCAUGUGAUGUGCAUGAACGAGAACAAGGGCGUUCUAAUGUACAUGCUGACGAGCUUCAACAGGAUCAGAAAGAAGCUGUGGGUGUACAGCUGGACCAAAGGCCUCUCUCUUGUCCAAAGUCAACCCAGGAUGCUAAGUGCCAGAGCUCUAUACACUGAUGACGCGGAUUUUGUUGAGGAUCAGAUUACGGUGUGACCAGUCAAAGUUUGUCGAGGAUCAUCACAUAUCUGGUAAUUUUUUGCGUAGAUUUGGAUGACCAUAAAUAAUACUCCCUGUUUCCCAAUAUAUUGUUCGUCCUGGCGGAUCUAUUGACACCCUAAAACGAAUACUAUUUUGGGUUGGAGGGAGGGAGCAUGUUGCAUGGCCCGUUCGUAAUUUAGUAACCAUUAACAGUAUUCUAGUGGUGGCCUGCCCCGUUCGAUGAACUUAUGUGACACUAGGUUGUAAGAAGAUGGGACACUAAUUAAUCUUGAUCUUAGAAAUGCAAUGUGAUGUAGAUGAUAUCAGUGCUUUUAUUAUGAUUAGAUUAAGAAGUUAAGCAGUCUCUGUCACUUGCACUUUCAAGGUUCAGAUAUUGUUUGGAUUUGUUUAUCGUUCGGUGUCUAUUUUCAUUGUUGAAGCUAUGCAUUUGAUGAGGGAAA